UGUAACCAUACCCGGAAGUUGGUGCAACCGAAGAGGCGCGUCGUACAGAAACAGUUGUCUUUGUUUGGACAAGUUACUCUGGAACAUGUUGGGGCAAGUACCGUCACUAAAAUGAAGGAAAACAUCUUACAUUUACUGUUAAAACACUAUAACCACUGUACGUAACGUCAUAUGUAGUUACUUAGCUCAUAGGUUAUUUGUCUUCUAAGAUUGUUGUGUAGAGGUCGACGCAAUGUUUAUUCUUAAACGCGUGGUGUGCUUUGGAGGCAUCAUCGUGCCUCAACGCACCUCCCUCUCUGUGAGCAAUUUAUCUACUUGCCAUUGCCUAAGUUUCCCAAAGAAACACAGUCCGUACAGCGCAGUGGACAGUGAGCGCUACUCUUCUCUUGUGAAGUCCGUCAUGUCAUCCAAGGUCCGAUCCCAGACACCCGAGACCCUUCAAGCGGAGGACGAGCACAUUUAUGGACCUGUUGUGAAAGCUCAAAUGCCGUCUUCGAUUCCAAAGAUGAGGGUACCCAAAACCCUGCAUCCCUUCUUACACUGCGAAGAGACUGUAGAAACAGAGGAGAUAGAGUCAGCACCUCCAUCACGAAUUUUGUUAAACCGGGGCCAAGGCAGGUCUUCGGUACCGAGUGUGACCCGCAUUCUUCAACAGACGCUUUCCCCAGAGCAGAUCUUCUAUCUGGAGAGAUGGAAGAGGAAGAUGAUCGCCGAGCUUGGAGAGGAAGGCUUCAAAGAAUACAGUCAGAAUUUAUUUAGGCAAGGGAAGCUUUUCCAUUCAGCUGUGGAGGACAUCAUGAGGUCAGGUGCAACAUGGAAGAACAGAAAUCCUUCGGAGACACCAGAGUGUCCAUCUGAGGUACAGGGAUACAUGGAGAGCAUCUCUCACGUACUGGAGGAUGUCAGAGCAGUGAGAGCUACUGAAAGCACGGUGGAACAUGCCGAGCUGAACUAUCUGGGAAUUGUGGAUUGUGUUGCUCGCUACAGGGGUGUACUAUGUCUUAUUGACUGGAAGACUUCAGAGAAGCCCAAACCAUUUUUGAGCAACACGUAUGACAAUCCUGUUCAGGUGGCAGCCUACGCCGGGGCUUUGAACCAUGACAGCAACUACAAAUACCAGGUUGAAAAUGGACUCAUUGUAGUUGCCUACAAGGAUGGCUCACCUGCACAUGCUCAUAAGUUGAGCGCAGAGCUGAUGUUGCAGUACUGGAAAACUUGGUUGAUUCGUCUCGAAGAGUUCACAGAACAAAAAUCCAGUCAUGUAUCAAGCGCUUCAGUGGAAAAGAGAUGAGAUGUGUCAAAAGAGGGCAUGUCCAUGUAGCCGAUCAUUUCAGUUAAAGGCAACUGAGCCUGAACUGAAAAUAUAUCAUGCUCCUAUGCAGUAGGGUUUAAACAUACGUUUUUUAACCCUCAUUUCUGACUUCUUCUUUGAGGUAUUUAAUAAUCAUUGAAUUGAAACCAGGCUUCCCUGUAUGAGGGGACCUCAAUGAAGCCCAGGUUUCUAAAGAGCUUGUAGGAGACCUUGUUCUCCUCCUCUAUGAAGCAGUACACUGGGCAGCCUUUAGCGUGGAGUUUCUUGACCAUGCUGCUGACCAGGACUUUGGCGUAGCCUUUCCCUCUGUGCUCUGGCAGCGUGUACAACAUGCCCAUUGCACACGACUCAUAUGUCAGGAUCCAGGACACAGGCUUUCCUUCUUCAUCCAGCACGCAGCAGGAGGGGAAGUUUGCAAGCAUGUUCCUGAUCAUCCUGACAGCUUCGUUGUUCUUUCCAAACUUCCACGUCUGAUUCACCAAGCCAACGUGGGAUUCAUCCAGAGAGCUUAGUGAGAUCCCUGUGCUGAUGCAAAACAGAGCAGAUGGCCUUUCAGAGCGGAGUCCUGCUUUAUUAUUGAACUAUUAAACCUAAGAUGAUGAUUUGUACACCUCAUGGCUAGGCUCUACCUGUCUAUAGAUGGAAGGUUGGAUACAUCCUCCAGUAUCAUCAUGUGACACACUGCCAGUUGGAUGCCGGACACGUCUUUUUCUGAUGCCACUGCUUUGAAUAUCUCCAUGUGGCGAAGGUUCAUUCCUUGGACAGAAAUGAUGAAGUCAAAUAUUUUAAUAAAUGUGUGAAACUUCA